UACUGAUGGUACUGACAGAACCAGAGUUGUGGAUGCAGACACAAAAAAUUAAUGAGAUUUGAUAAGGAUAAGAUUUGUGACAAUCAAACAUUCGGCAAGCGUGAAAGUGUUCUUGAUAAAGAAUUGUUGGAAACUUGAAGAGCCCUUUAUCAAAAACAGAAAAUGGUCGAUUAUAGCAAGUGGAAAGAUAUAGAGAUCUCAGAUGACGAAGAUGACACCCAUCCCAAUAUCGAUACGCCAUCCUUAUUUCGAUGGCGUCAUCAGGCUAGGGUUGAAAGGAUGGAAGAGCGAGAACGAGAGAAACGUGAACACGACCGGAAAAAGGCAGAAACCCUACAAAAGCUGAAAGAAACAAAAGAAAAGCUUGCCAAACUAGAAACUGAAAAGAACGACUCUUCCGACUUGACAGAACUCAAGAAAGCUCUGCAGGAUCUUGAAAGGGAAGAGAAAAUAAUCAAGGACAAGGAAGAAGAGCUGAAGAAGAAGGAAAAAUUAACACCAUGGAAUGUAGACACCAUCGCACAAGAAGGAUUUGCAAAAACGGUUAUAAACAAGAAGCCAGCCAGGAGAGAUGAAGAUGCUCUGUUGAGUGAUGAAGAAAAAGAGAAGAGAAUGAAAAAGUUUAUCAAGGAAAACGAGAAGAAGCUGAAGGAAUAUGGAAUGUUGAGAAAGUACGAUGAUAGUAAGAAGUUUCUACAAGACAAUCCACAUCUGGUUUCCGAAAACACUGCUAACUAUUUAGUUAUUUGGUGCAUAAACUUGGAAAUGGAGGAGAAACACGAUUUAAUGGAGCACGUGUCACACCAAUGCAUAUGUAUGCAAUACAUUUUGGAGUUGUCUAAACAAUUAGAUGUGGAUCCUAGAGCGUGUGUGGGAUCUUUCUUUAGUCGCAUUCAAAUUGCUGAAGUGGAAUACAAAGCUUCUUUCGAUGACGAAGUCAGAGCUUUCAAGGAGAGAAUUCGGAAGCGAGCUGCCGAGAAAAUUGCGGAUGCUAUCAAAGAAGCUGAGGAAGAAGAAAAGAAGGCUCGUUUGGGACCAGGAGGACUCGACCCCUCUGACGUGUUUGAAAGUCUUCCCGAGGCUCUGCAGAAAUGUUUCGAGUCGCAAGACAUACCCUUAUUACAGCAAACGAUAGCCGCAAUGCCAGAAGAGGAAGCUCGAUAUCAUAUGAAAAGAUGCGUAGACAGUGGCUUAUGGGUGCCGGAAGCCAAAACUAAAGAAGAAGAGGAAGAGGAAGCUGCUGCUGCUGCUGCUGCUACCAAAGUAAAAGAAAGUGAAAUGCCAGAACACGUAUGAGGGUCAAGUUGAAGAAUUAUGUUGCUUAAAGUCUCGCUUUCAUUCAACAAUAUAUUAUCAAUGACUUAGUAAGUACGAUAAAAUUAUUUACUAAUACAUCAUCUCUACUUUAUAAAGUGAUUAAUAUUUGUACGCUUGAUUGAACAAUUUUUUUUAUUCGCACUCUGACUGGCAUCGAACUCGCGAGUCGUAAAUUUCUGUACGUGUUUUUUGUAUACUUGUGUUUCAUAUCGCAGCUGUUGCGUAUUUCUAAAUUAUUUCGUUUUUUAUGUGUUCAUUGUCACGAAAGAACGAUUGAGAUAUGAAAAUCAGCUGUAUAUAAUAAAUAAAUUGAUUUGUAAA